AUGUCUGUUCGCUUCGUCAGAAGAUCGCAAUCGGGAAAAGAUGAUAAAGAAGAUAGUAAUUCUGGCCGAAAAAUCGACAUCAUCUGGUCUAUAAAAUCAACUGACCUUGAGUUUUCCGUUGGUGAAGUCAGUGGACCACUAAAUCAACAUAAUGAAGUAGUUAUAUACGAGAUGUCAAUACCAUCUCGUUGGAUUAAUGGGGUUGAAGUGGGAUUAGUAUUACGAUCUGCACCAGGAAUGCUAUUUAAAGAUAAUAACAACUAG